AUGGCAAUCUCUGGAUCGGACCCUUUUACCACGCUGCCCGCAGAGCUUCGUGUCCAUAUUCUCAUCUCAAGCGGCAGCCUGUCGACAGUAUCACGUCACUCAAAGUCUGCACGACAACACAUGAUGAAAUGGUUGAAUUCUCAACUCCCGGAUCCCCUGACCGAUAACGAUGGCCGUCUAACAAGUCCAGAUUGUCUCAAAGAUAACGGUGAACGUCUAGCAAGUCAACUUAUCAAACUACACGAUCAAAUGAUAUUCUAUAUCGAGGACUAUAUUACUAAAGCCACGGCGUAUUAUCCCUCUCGAGAAUACCUCUGUCUGCCGCAGAUCCAUGACGCGCAUGGUGGAAGGUACCUUAUGUUCAAAGGUACCAAGGUGGUGCCGCAAUUCGACUCUGCACGUCUCACGGCGUUGGAAAAGUCGAGGUUUAUAAAAGCGUUUUUGAUGUAUACGCUAACAAGGAAGUGCGAUUCUGUCCUUUACGUCUACCCUAAGCUGAGACCACGCAAAGUCACCAAAGCCGAGGAGGAAGCGUGUUUUUGCAUCGCCAGCUAUUUCCGUUCCCUAUAUGGCGCGAUCUUCGCUCAGUGUACUGACGAUGCCUGGCUUCCAAGCAAUCCAUCAGCUACUUCACUUCAAUCGGGGCUCCUAUUUCCUGAUAACUUUUACUUUGAACCAGACGCUUACGCAAUGGACAUGGGUUUCUUUACGAGUCGCUUUUCAAGCUUUCGAAACUCCUUCUCUGCCAAGUUUGAACGUCUUGGGCCUGAUCGUGCCGCCGAUUUCCUUCGCCUUGACAUGGCCAAAGAAGAUGAAAGAAAAGCCCUGAAGGCUCGAUUGCAAGACAUCCAGGCAAAUGAGCAGCCACCCCUCCGUUGGGAUUCGUAUUAUGACCUCUUUAAAUCAGGUCUAAAUUACAAAAAUGGUUGCGAAUCGUUUAUAUUUGAGCAGCUGCCUUUGAAUCGACAUGAUGGCUUGGCAUGGAAAGUCGGUAAACAGCGAGCCUGGUUAUUCUUUGACGACCGUCGCUUCUACCCUGAAGAGACCAUUGCACGACCGAAUUUGCCAUCGGAAGCAUUUCUCAAUGAACAACCUUGUAAGCAAGCAGUUAUUGAGGGCUGGUUCAACAAUCCCGGCAAGGAGAGAGCUUUACGACGAUCACAGCGGUGGCAUGACGAGCUGAUGAAUACUGAUAAAUGA